GUAAUAUUUCCGACAACACUCAAAGGCAGCGUUAAAGCGACACUGGUGCCAAACUGGGUCCAGUUCAUAUUCCUCCAGAAACGGUGACGGUGAGGGCCCACCAUGUUCGAGAACGUCCCCACAGUGUCGACGGCCGAGCGGCAGCAGGUCCUGGCGGCUCUGGAGCGUCUGCAGACCAAACUGGUCCAGAGGGAGGAGUGGACCCACAGCGACAACCUGGGCAACCUGAGGGAGACCCUGCAGAGUCCACUGUUCAACCACAUCCUGACCCUGCAGAGCUCCAUCAAACAGCUGAGGACACAGCUCAGCAGUAUGCCUCCUGACGCCUGCAGUGACAUCAGCUUCUCCAGAAAAGGUCAGCUGAUCAUGAGCGCCGUGAAUGCUGGCAGCAGCGCGUCUCCGCCCACUCUGUCCACCUCCUCCGUCCUGACCAAUGGCGCUGCUCUGCCCAUCCAUCAGACUCCGCCCUCCUCUGACCUCCUGCAGGAGUGGAUCCACACAGCAGCCAAGGGUCGUCCCACUGAGCUGGUCAGUCUGACCCGGCCUCUGUCCGGCGGUCUGGGUUUCAGCGUCGUCGGUCUGAAUCCGUCUGGAAGCAGCAGUCGAGGCGUCUUCGUCAAACACAUCCAGCCCGGAGGCAUCGCCCACAGAGAUGGGCGUCUGCAGGAGCGGGAUCAGAUCCUGGUGAUCAACGGCAGUCCUCUGGAGCCGGGCAUCAGCCAACAGCAGGCGCUCACUCUGCUGCAGCAGCCGGGGCAGAACGUGGAGCUGGUGGUCGCCAGAGAGCGGACAGUGAACGCAGCGCCGCCGCCGCCCGCAGCGCCCGUCAACACGGGUCAGUGGGGUCAUGUGGAGGAGAUCGAGCUGGUCAACGAUGGCUCUGGUUUGGGCUUUGGCAUCGUGGGAGGGAAGUCGACGGGCGUGGUGGUCCGGACACUCAUCCCAAACAGCGUGGCCGACAGGGACGGGCGUCUGCGGACAGGUGACCACAUCCUCUGCAUCGGGUCGACGCCCACCAGCGGCCUCACCAGUGACCAGGUGGUCAAAGUCCUCCAGGGCUGUGGGAAUCGUGUGAGCAUGCUCGUCGCCAGAGACCCCAAAGGUCAGGGGUCAGCGGCCCCGCCUCCUCCUCCUCCUCCACCUCCAGACUCCGCCCCCAUCUCCUUUUUACCCCCCCGACCCCCCCAGAGGCGGCUCAGCAAGACGCCAAACCUGGAAGGUUAUGAGAUCCACGAGGUUCCUCUGACUAAGAAGGAGGGUCAGAGUCUGGGCAUCUCCAUCAUCGGAUACAACCCUCUUACCAGCCAAGAUGCCGUCGGUGUGUUUGUUAAACAUGUGGUUCCGGGCAGCGCUGCGGAUCAGAGCGGAAACAUCCGAGUCCACGACCGGCUGAUCGCUCUGGACGGCGUCAGUGUCCACGGCCUGACCAAUCAGGAGGUGCUGCAGGUGAUGAAGCAGACGGGCGACACCGUGGUUCUCACCGUGGUUCGGAAGAAAGGCCGAGGUCUGGAGAGGUCUCUGGAUAAAGUGGAGAGGGAAUCGUCUCGAGUGUCAUUAAAGAGGUCCAUGGAGAUCAAGGCUCGGUCGUCUGGGUUUGGCUCCUCAACCAUGAGCGCCACAAAGCACGACUCCACCUACGCAGCUACGGCUCAGCCAAUCAGAGCCACAGAAGCAGAGCUGAGGGCCAAAUGGGAACAGGCUCUGGGGCCACAGUACCAAGUCCUGGUGGUGAACUUGGAUCCAGUCAUUGAAGACGAUGCAGAGCUGCAGAAGUCCUCCAAGUUGUUGCCGAUCCACACCCUGCGUCUCGGUGUCGAUUUGGACUCAUUUGAUGGUCAUCAUUACAUCUCGUCUGUAGCUCCUGGAGGUCCGGUGGACAAACAUGGAGUCCUGAGACCAGAGGAUGAACUUCUGGAGGUCAAUGAUGUUCAGCUUUAUGGAAAGUCUCGUCGGGAAGCUGUGUCGUUCCUCAAAGAAGUUCCUCCACCGUUCACUUUGGUGUGUUGCCGACAUCCAACGUCUGAGCUGGAACCAGAACCAGAAUCUGAACCUGAACCUGAACAAGAACCAGAACGACAACCAGCACCAAGGCUUGGACCAGGAGCCAGUGUAGAGGAGAUUGAGCUGAAGUUGUCGUCGAUGCUUUGCAAUCAGACAGAACUGAGAGACGAACCACAGACCGUCAGACAGGAUCGAAUAGUUUCUGUCGAGGAGAUUCUCAAAGAGGAGACGACUCGCAUUGAUGAUGAUGAUGAUGAUGAAGAUGAUGAAGAUGAGGAUGAAGAUGAAGGGGAGCUGGCUCUGUGGUCUCCAGACGUUCAGGUGUUGGAGCUUCAGAAGGAGAGAGACAAAGGGCUGGGCUUCAGCAUCCUCGACUACCAGGACACUCUGGACCCUGGUCGGUGUGUGAUGGUGAUUCGUUCUCUGGUUCCGGGUGGUUCCGCUGAGCGUCACGGCGGCCUCCUUCCUGGUGACCAGCUGGUCUCUGUGAACCGGACCCAGUUGGACCUGUUCAGUCUGUCCCAGGCCGUCGAAGUCCUGAAGUCGGCGCCGCCCGGAACGGUUCGCCUGGGAAUCCGCAAACCCCUGGCGACACGAUCCCGCAGAGUGACAGCAGCGCAGACCGGCCCGCUUUAUGGACGCCAUCAGAGACCUGUGGACUGUGAAAGAGGUUCUGCAGACAAAUGGCUGAAGAGAACAGAGCUAAAACCACAGGACAGGACAGGGGAACACAGGCAGGAACAGGAGAACACAGGACAGGAACAGGAAACACAGGACAGGACAGGAGAACACGGACAGGAACGGAGAACACAGGACAGAGAACAGAACACAGGACGGAACAGGAGAACACAGGACAGGACAGGAGAACACAGGACAGGAGAACAUAGAACACCGGACAGGAACAGAGAAACCAGGACAGGAACAGGAGAACACAGGACAGGAACAGGGGACACAGGACCGGAGAACAGGAGAACCAGGACAGGACAGGAGAACACAGGACAGGAACAGGAGAACACAGGACAGAGAACAGGAGAACACAGGACAGGAACAGGGGAACACAGGACAGGAGAACAGGACACAGGACAGUACAGGAGAACAGAGCACAGGAGAACAGGACACAGGAGAGGAACAGGGGAACACAGGACAGGAGAACAGGAGAACAGGACAGGAACAGGAGAACACAGGACAGGAGAACAGAGAACACGGACAGAACAGGAAAGAACACAGGACAGGAACAGGAGAACACAGGACAGGAUAACAGGGGAACACAGGACAGGAGAACAGGAGAACACAGGACAGGACAGAGAACACAGGACAGGAGAACAGAGAACACAGGACAGGAACAUGGGAACACAGGACAGGAACAGGGGAACACAGGACAGGAGACAGGAGAACACAGGACAGGAACAGAGAACACAGAAAGGAAAGAGAACAGGACAGGACAGGGAAACACAGGACAGGAGAACAGGAGAACACAGGACAGGAACAGGAGACACAGACAGGAAACAGAGAACACAGGACAGGACAGGGGAACACAGUACAGGAGAACAGGAGAAACACAGGACAGGAAACAGGGGAACACAGGACAGAACAGGAGAACCAGGACAGGAGAACAGAGAACACAGGACAGCAGAGAACACAGGACAGGAGAACAGGAACACAGACAGGAACAUGAGAACACAGGACAGGAACAGAGAACACAGGAAAGGAGAACAGGGACACAGGACAGGAACAGAGACACAGGACAGGAACAGGGGAACACAGGACAGGAACGGAGAACACAGGACAGGAGAACAGAAGAACAGGCAGGACAGGAGAACACAGGACAGGAGAACAGGAGAACACAGACAGGAAACAGAGACCACAGGACAACAGGAGAACACAGGACAGGAACAGGAGAACACAGGACGAGAACAUGGAGAACACAGGACAGGACAGGAGAACACAGACAGGGAACAGAGACACAGACAGGAACAGGAGAACACAGGACAGAGAACAGGAGAACACAGGACAGGGAACAGGGGAACACAGGACAGGAGAACAGGGGAACACAGGACAGGAGAACAGGAGAACAGAAGAACAGGAGAACCCAGAACAGGAGAACACAGGACAGGAGAACAGGGGAACAGGAGAACAGGAGAACCCAGAACGGGGGAACAGGAAAUACAGAACAGGAGAACAGAAGAAAAUGAGAACCCAGAACAAAUGUUGAGCUCCACACACGUCUGGACUGACUCUGGCUGUGUGUCGCAGGACCAUCGUCGUGACGACGAGCAAGAGGAGGAGCCAGAGCUGAUCUUGGACGGAGGCCUUCCUCGCUACACCUCCUCAUCUGUGACCGCUGAUGUUCUGCCGGUGGAGGAGGAGGAGGAAGAGGAGGAGGAAGAGGAGGGCAGGGAGAUGGCUGUGGAUGAAGAAGAGGAGGUGCAGGAGGAGGUGAAGGAGGAAGAGGAGGUAGAGAGAAGGGGGAUUCGCUCCCAGGAAACCUCCACAUCGUGGGAGGAGUGGAAACUGGCCUCGCUGGGUCGGAGCAGAGGAGCUGAGGAGAAUCAGGUGCAGGUGAAGCAGGACUUUAUGGACCAAGAGGAUCAGGACCUGAGACCAGACCAGGACCUGAGACCAGACCAGGACCACAUGGAGUCUGUAGGACACCUGCUGCGGGGUGUGGUCGACUCCAGAGACAGUGAAGCCGACUCUGAACUGACUCUGACCGACACCGACACAGAAUCUGCAAGGAUUGUCAACACAGAAAGAAGGAAGAGGCGGAACCGAGGAGGAGCCUCUCUACCAAUCAGAGGAGGCCACAGUGAUCUUCCAGAGCGAGAGGAGGGGGAGGGAGAGGAGACGCCAGCCUUCAGCCACUGGGGACCCCCCCGCAGGGUGGAGGUGUGGCCUGAGGAGGGUCAGUCUCUGGGCCUGAGCAUCGUGGGAGGACGUCACAUCAUCAAACGCUUGAGGAACGGAGAAGAACUGAAGGGAAUCUUCAUCAAACAGGUUUUAACCGACAGUCCAGCAGCCAAGACGCAGUGUCUGAAGACCGGAGACAAGAUCCUGGAGGUGUCGGGUGUGGAUCUGCGGACGGCGAGUCACGAGGAGGCGGUCAACGCCAUCAAAUCAGCCCCGAGUCCAGUGGUGUUCAUCGUCCAGAGUCUGUCUGCGACACCACGGCCUGUGUCCGUCAACUCUCAGAGCUACAGCAAACACAAAGCGAAAAGGACGGAGUCUCCGAAACCAGGUGUGACCCCGCCCCCUCUGAGGGAGCCCCCGCCCUACAGACCUCCCAGCCAAUCGUCACAGGAGCUGAAGUCGGACCUGGAGCAGGCCAAAGAGCGUUGGUGUGAGCGUUAUGGAGACCUGCGGGGGGAGCUGCUGUGCGUGGAGCUGGAGAAGGAGCGUCAGGGUCUGGGUCUGAGUCUGGCCGGGAACAGGGAUCGAUCCCGUCUCAGUAUCUUCGUGGUGGGUCUUCAUCCCGGGGGGGCGGCGGCUCGGGAUGGACGGAUCCAGAUCGGAGACGAGCUGCUGGAGAUCAACAACCAGAUCCUUUAUGGGCGGAGCCACCAAAACGCUUCGGCCAUCAUUAAGAGCGCUGCCGCCAAGGUGAAGCUGAUCCUGCUCAGAAAUGCAGAUGCUAUAAACCAGAUGGCCGUCCCCCCCUUCCCGCCCCCCCCCUCCUCCGCCUGCCCUCAGCCCCAUCAGUGCAGAGUCUGUUCCUCCAGCCCACAUCACUGGCUCCGCCCCCUCUGACGGGCCCCGCCCCCCUGACAGCCUGACGCUCCACCCCUUAUCGGACAUACCGGACGAGAUGAACGACGAAGCCGAACGCAACAACCGGAACCGAAGCGUCAACGUCAACAGCAACAGCGCCCCCAAGAGUCUGAGAGAGGCCGACACCACGAGGAAGAGGCUGAAAGCUGCAGAGGCUCCAGAAAACGAGCUGCAAACUCCCAGAAUCCCACAGGAGCAGCAGGUGAGGACUCAGACAC